AUAACUAAUAAUGAUGAGGUGGCCAUGCUGUCUACGCACACAACGGUAGCCACGUACAUGGGACCUACAGUUAUAAAGGCAGUCUUUCCAAGUAGCUUGAGAAGAAGAAAACGAUCCCCGACCGAAAUUGUAUAUGGGAAUGGUUUUGAUAUUAGUCUGUCAUAUGAUGAUGUCAACUAUGGGGAAUCUAUGUCAUUAGUCAUAUACAAUGACGAAUGUUACAGCUGCAAUGCAAAAGUACUCGAAUGCAAUAUGACGAGGCCCUGUCCAGAGACCACCACUCCGGAGCAAACAACGAAUAAACGAUUAUCUACUUUUCCACAUGAUUUGAAAGCAAAGAACGAAGAGACCAUCGGAGAUAUUCUUCUUCCUCUGGGUAUCAGUCUGUUUGUCCUUCUUGUCAUUAGUAUAGUCAGCGUCAUACUUUAUAGAAAGCUGCGUACAUCUGCAAAACCCUGCAUCGCUUCAAUUGUUGCUGGCACUGUGGCUAGAAACCAACCACACAUUGAAAAUUAUGAGGCACUAGCACAAGAUAAUAUUCACUUCCAAUCCCCGUUAUAUGAUACUCUUACGUCGAAACCGGAGAACAUUGGAUCAAUUUCAGAGUCACUGAGAGAGAAAACUUCAAAUAUUCCAGUGGAAUAUGAGAACACCUUGCCUGGACCGUUUUAAUAA